AUGGCACAGGCCAUCACGAUGCAGGCCCAAGCUAUGACUGCCCAAGUCAAUCGGCAGGAUGUUCAGAGGGAAAACCCACCGGUUCGCAGCAUGGCUGACAGACUGCGAGAUUUCACAAGGAUGAAUCCUCCAAUUUUCGCAGGGGUUAAGACUUCAGAAGAUCCUCAGGAAUUUAUAAACGAGUUGCAUAAGAUCCUGGUGGCCAUGGGGGCCACUGAUAUUGAGAAGGCUGAGCUGAGAAAUACAACACCUAGAGGAGGCAGACCCGACCCCAAGAGGGGCAAUGGAGGUGAGAUGCAGCGUCCAAAGAAGACUUGUACUAAGUGUGGCCGAGCUCACAUUGGAGAAUGCAGACAGGGCACUAAUGCCUGCUUCGGUUGUGGUAAGAGUGGACACUUGGUCAGAGACUGUCCCCAGAACAACGGUCAGGCUGGGGUAAUGCUCAGCCUAGGCCUACCCCACAGAGUGCAGCAGCAGCCGAGCCUCCCAAGAGGAACAGAUUUUAUGCCUUGA